AAAAUAAAUGAAAAAAAGAAAAUAUUUAGAGAUAUACUAUAUAAAUAUAGAUAGAUAGGUAUACACAUGUUGGAUUUGGAACUUGAAGCUUUUAAAAGUGUUGGUGGUAUGGUAUGAAUCUUAAAAAAGAAAAACAAAGAAACAGUGUAAUCAGAUAGUGAAGGAUAAAGAAAUAAAGAAAAGUGAGGUGGAGUCAGAUUUGUGUCUCUGGUUUUAGAAUUGUUUAGUGUUACUACUCUGUUGGCUAUGUUCCCUGAGCUGACUCGGUGCGCCCGGACUCCGUGGCCUUUGCUGCCGACCAAGGAAACAAUCUCUUGUUAGAGUCUCUUACCAUUUAAGAGAACCUUUGCUUAAAAAAUUGGGAUAAUCCCAAUCUAGACCACUUAUCUUUCUCUAUCUUUUAUAUUAACCUUCUGCCUUGUUUGCUGUCAAGAUUCCGUUAUACUUUUCAGUAUUUAACCUUGUUGCCUUUAGAAACUUUUCUUUUCUCUCUUCAGGCCAAGAAACUUGGAUAUACAUUUCAGUGUUAGCUGGUGUUAUCUUCUCAUUCCUUUUUUGGGAUAUGUUUUAUAUGUAGGGAUGUUUGAAUUAGGAAUCAGAGAUUGAGUAGUAUUGAAGCUUUUUUUGUUUGAGUUACCAUCUUCUUAGAGGAAAGUAGAUCUUAUAUUGUCCAGAUGAAGUUUAUGAAACUUGGUUCCAAGCCAGAUACAUUUCAGACUGAUGGGAACAACAAUGUUAGGUAUGUUGCAAGUGAGUUGGCAUCAGAUAUUAUUGUUAGCAUAGGGGAUACAAAGUUUUACUUACACAAGUUUCCUCUCAUAUCAAAGAGUUCUCACUUACAGAAGUUGAUCUCCCUCAAUAAUGAAGAAAACAUCAACGAAAUUCAAAUUUCAGACAUUCCUGGUGGUGCAAGUGCCUUUGAGAUAUGUGCUAAGUUUUGCUACGGCAUGACUGUUACCCUCAAUGCUUACAAUGUGAUUGCUACUAGAUGUGCAGCAGAGUAUCUUGGAAUGCACGAAAACAUUGAGAAAGGAAACCUUCUUUUCAAGAUCGAUGUUUUCCUAAGCUCUAGCAUUUUUCGUAGUUGGAAGGAUUCCAUUAUCCUUCUUCAGACUACAAAGUCUAUGUCGCCAUUGGAUGAGGAACAAAAGGUUGUCAACCGUUGCAUUGAAUCUAUAGCAAACAAGGCAUGCGUCGAUGUGUCUAAAGUUGACUGGUCUUACACGUAUAACCGAAAAAAGCUUCCGGAAGAAAAUGGCUUUGAGUCAAACCAGAAUGGAGUUAGAACUCGAAAUGUGCCAAAAGACUGGUGGGUUGAAGAUUUAUGCGAACUUGAAGUUGACAUGUACAAAUCUGUUAUAACAAAUAUCAAAACCAAGGAAAUUCAAUCUAAUGAUGUAAUUGGUGAAGCCUUGAAAGCUUAUGCUUACAGAAAGUUGCCAAAUUUCAGCAAGGGUAUGAUCCCAUGUGAGGAUGUGUCAAAGCAUCGGUUAAUAGUUGAAACUAUUGUGAAGUUGUUGCCUUCCGAUAAAGGCAGUGUUUCGUGUAGGUUCUUAGUCAAGCUAUUGAAAGCUGUGAUUUUUGUAGAAUCAGAAGAUAGGAUCAGAGAUGUGCUAGUAAAGAGAAUUGGUCAGCAACUAGAGGAGGCUUCGGUAAACGAUAUUUUGAUUAAAGCACCAGAUGGAGAGAUUACAAUGUAUGAUGUUGGUAUAGUACAGAAAAUUGUAAGGGAGUUUCUUAUGAAAGAUCACAAUUCCGAGAUUGAAUUGGUUGGAGGUGGCGAACUUGAAGGGAUAAGAAAGCCGGGGAUUUUAUCAGAUGCCUCUAAGCUGAUGGUUGCAAAACUCAUAGAUGGAUACCUUGCUGAAAUUGCGAAGGAUCCUAAUUUACCAUUGUUGAAUUUUGUUAAUCUUGCUGAGUUAGUUUCUAGGAUCUCUCGUCCGUCUCAUGAUGGCCUUUACAGGGCUAUUGACACAUAUUUGAAGGAGCACCCUGGUAUCAGCAAAGGUGAAAAGAAGAGUAUAUGCCAGCUAAUGGAUUGCAGAAAGCUGUCAGUUGAUGCAUCCUUGCAUGCAGUGCAAAACGAGAGGCUACCGACACGUGUAAUUGUGCAGGUACUACAUUUCGAGCAGGUCAGAACCGCCGCGUCAUCGGGUACUAGCACUCCAGACAUAGCUAAAGGAAUCAAAGACUUGAGCAUUGGAUCCAACGGUAGCUCAAGGUCGGGAACAACUAAUCCGGAAUAUGACACGGAUGGUGCAGGGACAGCUGAGGAAUUAAAGGCAUUAAGAAAGGAACUUGCAUCGUUGAGACAAAGCAACGGAGUAGGAAACAGUUUCAAAGAUGGAGAUGCUAAACCAAACAUGGAUAAGGCUGUUAUUGGAAAAAUGAAAGGGUUGUUGAAGUCAAAGAAGUCUUUCAUUAAGCUAUGGGCAAGCAAGGGAGGACAUGGUGAAAAUAGUGGCUCAGAUUCAUCUGAGAGUAUUGGUUCUGUUAACCCUGAAGAAGUUAAAUCUACACCAUCCAGAAAUAGGAGGAAUUCAGUUUCCUAAAAGUAGCUAUUGGUUCACUUUCUUGUCUUUUCUUCUAAUGUUUAUUUUCUCUCUUUUUUUUGGGUUAGUUUCUUUAUGUCCAGAGGACCUCAAAACUAGUGGUUUAUCUCUUUCUAAAUUAAGUUAAAGUAUAUAUAGUUUAAAAUAGGAAAAUUGUGAAGAAUGCAACUCAUGUAGUAAAACCUUGGCAUCUUUCCUAUCAAAGUAGUUGUUUACUUAUCAAUAGAUUAAUGAAAGUACUGAAGGAGAUGAUUUUACUGAUA